AUGAACAUAAAGGCCGGAAAGGUAUUGGAUAACUGCCGAGCAGUUGUUAAUCUUAAGAGAAAGCAAUCAGACCCACGCUCGAUCACUUCUGAUGGGCCCAUUCGUCUGCUGUUGCCUCAGAGGUCUUCUCCUAUUGCCGACUGCAAUAUCACUAAACGGAGGAAAUUGGAGACACCAGAAAGCAAUUAUUGCAAUUUUUCUCUUCUGCCUGGGAAAUGUGUGCUUAAAUACUAUUCCAACUUCAAGAGAAGUGGGAGUUUGUUCCGUUUAAUGUAUUGCUGCAAUGAUGAGUGGAAUGAUUUCUCCCGGGACAUUGUAACAGCUGUCAACAAAGAAUUUGUUGUUAAGAAAUCUGCUGUGGAAGUCGAGGUUGAUGGAAAUAUGAUUUUGCUAGACUUCUUGCAGAUGAUUAUGUUGGACAUGAAAACUGGUCUGCAUCAGCCUAUUGCUUGGAUUGAUGUUUCGGGUAAGUGUUUCUUUCCAGAAGUACUUUGUCUUCACGAUGAAAAUCUUGGUGCCGAAGGCCGUGGUCACCAGGGUGCUGAGACUCAGGAUCUCAAUGGAAUCAACUUGAAUUUAGAGAUUGAGAUACAAGGAUUUAAUGAUGAAUCUAGUGCGGAGUCUGCUCCGAUUGUCGUCAAUGUACAAGCUCGUGAUAAUACUGCAAAGGAAGAUAGUGGUGGCGAAACCAAUAUUUAUGGGAAAACAUCAGACGUUGAAAUUGAUGAGAAUUGUAAGGAUUAUCAACAAGUGGAAGGAAAAAGGAUCCUGGCUGCUAAUACUGGAGAUAGGCCGUUGAACUCUUAUGCUGUGAGGGAGCUGUUUUUAAAAGCUGUUGGCUCAUUAGGUGCAAACAUUGUUGAUAUACGUCCUUGCAUGAGCAUAAUAAUGGACGGUCGUUUGGAACUUUUUCAGAAGCAGGUUAAUAUCACUAAAAGGUACCGUGGUGAUGCCAAUGUCCAAUAUGCGUGGCUUCCUUGUUCGAGUCGGACAGUUUCAGCUGUACUGAAAUAUGGGGUGGCCUAUCAUGAUCAAUUUAAAAUCAAUCCUCCGCAUGGUAAUGGGCUACAUCUAAUCCCUACAAAUGGCACUCAGAUCAGUACCAGUUUUUUUGAUGUUGACGAAAAUGAUACACGACAUAUGGUACUUUGUCGUGUUAUAUUGGGGAAUAUGGAGACUAUUUGCUGUGGUUCAGAUCAGUUCCUUCCCAGCAGUGAAGACUUUGAUAGCGGUGUUGACAGACUUGAAAAUCCUAAUCUUUAUAUAGUAUGGAACAUGAACAUGAGCACUCACAUAUAUCCGGAAUGUGUCGUAAGUUUCAAGGUGACUUCAAAUAUUGAAGGUAGUGAAACUGUUCAAGCAAGGGCUCCGAAGAGCCCGUGGAUGCCAUUUCCUAUGCUGUUUGCUGCCAUUGCCAACAAAGUCACUUCUGAAGCCAUGAAUCUCGUGAAAACUAACUAUGCACUAUUCAGGAAUAAGAAGAUGAGUCGGGAGGCAUUUGUGAAAAAGCUGAGACUCAUUGUUGGGGACAAUUUGCUCAAGUCAGCCAUUACCAGCCUUCAGUCCAAGGCACCCCCUGGGUCACCUAGCUCUAACGUUGAAGAAGCAGCGUGCAUUUGA